CUGAUUUCCCUUCCCUCUACCCAGCAGCACCUGCCAUGCUUUUCUCAGGUGGUCCCGAUGGAUGCAAAGUGCCUGGCAAGGGUGCAAGUGGGGGUUGUGGACUAAUGAGAGUAAUAGGGAUGUCGGGAAGCAAUCCAGUAGCUGCACAGCUGCCAGUUCGCUUGCAUUUGAAAGCUGACAGACAGGCUUUUCAGAUUUACCCAAAACAACCCAAAGCGACUGGCGUACAGUAGUUUCUACAUUGUUGGCAGUAAAUGGGUUAAUACUUUCACAGUCCCAGUACAAGAUUAGUAUUCCCAAUCCGAAUACUUGUUCCGGGACAGAAAAUACGGAAACUAUUGGAGCACCAUGCAUUUAGCAUUUUCAGAAGGAGAGGUCAGCAGCAGCCUGGGUAGUUUUCUUAGAACAGGUUUUACGUUAAAAAUCUCCUAUGCAGUUAAUAGGAGCCGUGUCUUUAUCAAGGUACACACUCACUCCGCCCAUCUAAUACACUAGUCUGUCUAUUCCUUACAGCAAGUGCACAUUACCUACACACGUCCUCAGGAGCAUACACUGGAGGUAUGAAAUGAAGCCAGCACAACAGUUGUCAUCACGUUCUAAUUAUUUUAUUAUAUUUCUCAUCCAAACUUUAAUUGCCUUUAUAUUAUUCAGUUAUAAUCAUAUUAGUAAUACACAUAUCAGAAAUGAGGUAUCCCUCAUGACCAACUGCACUGAUUCUGCAGCUCCCUCCAAGCCUGAAUUGAUUUUCACUGUCUUGAUAUGGACGUGGCCUUUUGGUUCCCAGUUCCGUUUAGACGAGUGUCCAAAACCCUUUGGUACUAAAUGCCUGCUUACGGCCAACCGUAGCUUAUAUAACACAGCAAAUGCAGUCAUUAUUCAUCACAGGGAUGUAUGUGGAUCCAGGCAGCAGAUGCCACAGAUGCCAAGGCCUGAAGGACAAUAUUGGGUGUGGUUUACUUUGGAAUCUCCAAGUCAUAAUCCAAACCUGCACUUCAUGGACAAACUCAUCAACCUCACUAUGUCCUACCGCAGUGACUCUGAUAUCUUUACACCUUAUGGAUGGUUAGAACGGAAUGAAGUUGCUGCUAAUUAUACAAUCCCAAAAAAGUCUCAUCUGGUGGCUUGGAUCGUCAGUAACUGGAACCCCAAUUCCAGACGGGUCAAGUUUUAUAAUGACUUAAAGAAUCAUAUACUAAUAGAUGUUUAUGGUCAACAACAUCUCCCUUUAGCCAGGGAGCAAACACUUUCAGUUAUCUCUAAAUAUAAGUUCUACUUAUCCUUUGAGAACUCAAUACAUACAGACUAUAUAACAGAAAAACUGUGGAAUAAUGCAUUUCUUUCGGGAAGUGUCCCAGUGGUUCUCGGCCCACCCCGAGAAAACUAUGAGAGAUUUAUUCCACCUGAUUCAUUCAUUCAUGUAGACGACUUCCCCAGUGCAAAAGAGCUGGCUUCCUAUCUGCUUGAACUGGACAAAAAUGAUCAGAAAUACCAGGAAUACUUUAAAUGGAGAUCAAAACUGAAGCCAGUGGAAGAUGUUUCUUGGAUUGAGCAUUACUGCAAAGCAUGUGUAGAACUACAAACUGCCCCUUCGUAUAGAACCAUAUCAACUCUUGGUAAAUGGUUCACAUGACAAAUGGAAUAUAUCAUUUCUGGA